GGUGAGUGCCCACUCCGGACAUGGCGGCGACGGGUCCGGCGCUGGGGGCAGGCAUGCGGAGCUGGAGUGAAGUCCGGCGGCAAGCGCCAGCGGCGAUGGCCUCCACCCGUCCUCCUCGUCCCAGGCUGAGAGGACUUAUGAGAGAUGGGCAAUCCUUGCAAGGUCUGCAAGGGAAUGGACUUCGUCGGAAAAAAUAACAUUUGUGUACGCUGUGCGAAAGACAGAGCUUCGUCCUCUGCUGCACCUGUGAUUGAUGGAUCUGGUGAAGGUGACAGCAAUACCUUGAGGCGUCAUGGAAAACAACUGAAGAGGGCAGUAACAUCUUCUCCAUCUCAGGAAUUUUCAGCACAAGACAAUGAAGAUAUUGAGUCGGAUGAUCUUCCACAUGAAGGCCUUGGGCAUGAUAAUUUCCUUCUUCGAAGAACUGAUAUUGUCCCAAUCCAAGGACAUGGCAGUCUUCUAGAAUAUGAGUCUAUGGAGCCGGAAGGUCAACUAUCACCUCCAGAAACUGAUUAUGGGCUAAUUCUUAGGAGUUGUCUAUCUGGAGCACAAAAUGAGAUAGUAAAUGCGCUUAUCCAGAAAGUUAAACGUGAAACUGUUGUAUUUGUGGCUGUCAUGAAAAUUUGUGAUGUUAAAUCACCUCGUCCUCUUCUGAUCAUCUUGAAGGAACGCACAUUAGUUGAAGCUGCACAGUUUCCACAUGAAAAUGGAAUGCCUGUCACACUUCAAAUUCCAGACAAGAGCGAGAAGUGGCAUCCAAGAUUCUACAUGGAAAAAGGCGAGGGCAUGCUUGCACGUGAUUGGUUAGGCUUCGUAUGUGACAACAAUGUGCAGGUGGGAGAUAUGUGCAUCUUUGUACCAUCAAAGGAUAGUGAAAGUUCCAUGUUUAUGGUCCAUAUACUUAGUGCAAAAGCAACUCCUCCAAGGAGUGUUACAAACAUUUGGUCAAGACAUGGUACAAAUGAUGCAAUGACUGGUUCAGCAGUAAAUGCAGUGGGGCCUAAUCAAGGAGGAAAUGUUUCCCGGGAAAGCUACAUUCAUGGUUUUCCUCGUUAUAGUCAGGAUCGCAAGAACACUGAUCGUCCUUCUGAGCAUCGUCCUUUCGUCUUACGGUUUAAGUCCACUCUAACUAUUACUCAGCGGAAGAUAGUUGAUGAGAGAGUGCAAUCUAUCGGAUCCAAGUAUCCCCUUUAUGUAGCAACAUUGAACCCAAGCAACCUUCAGAAGAAGCAAAUUGUAAGCUCAGUUCUUUGCAGGCCUCAAUUUAUACAAGUACGAAAACCAUUUCAUUGUGAUCUACCGUGAAAAAGAAUACUUAAUUAAGUCACACAGAUAUAAGGAUGUGAGUUUUUUAGGGAGUAA